UGGGUAACAGGAAGUGACGAAACUGCACUAGAAUCAUGUCGCUUUAUAGAGGACGGCAGAUUGUUGGAGAACACUAGCGACAUCUCAAUAACAGGGAUAAAGAGUCACACGUCUGCUCACACAGGGAACUUAUUCUGAUCACCAGAGACUGUUUUAUAAACGAACAGGCUUCGGACCAAACAGAAGAAUUUUUUCAGAGGUAGUAUUACAAAUCAAGAAACUCGACCUCAUCAUUGGGAUACACAGCGGAGGUCCGAAUAAAGCUGCGGGAUAAGGACUUGUCUCCGUUACAUAAGGGCCACUGCUGAAAAUUCGUCCUCAUCCAGAGGAGUGGAAACCCAAAACCUGAGCCAUGGGGGAUUAUUACGAGAUCCUGGGUGUGACGAAAAAUGCAUCCCAUGACGAUAUAAAGAAAGCGUACAGAAAAAAAGCACUAAAGUGGCAUCCAGACAAAAACCCAAACAACAAAGAACAGGCAGAAAAAAUGUUCAAAGAGAUCUCAGAGGCGUAUGAAGUCCUGUCAGAUGAAAACAAACGGAGACAGUAUGAUAGAUAUGGUAAAGAAGGCUUAUCCCAGAGAGGAGGCCAUUAUAAUGAGGAUUUCAUGGGCGGAUUCACAUUCCGAAAUCCAGAUGAUGUCUUCAGGGAAUUCUUUGGAGGCCGAGAUCCAUUUGCAGAUUUUGCAGAUUUCUUUGCUGAUGACCCCUUUGAAGAUUUCUUCGGUGGUGGGCGUCGUCAUAGGGGCAUGAGCAGGAGCAGAACAACAGGUUCAUUCUUUCCUGGAUUUUCUCCAUUUGGUUCCCCCUUUUCUGCAUUUGACACAGGUUUCCCCUCGUUUGGCCCAAUGGGUGGAGGUGGCUUCACCUCAUUUUCCUCCUCCUCAUUUGGUGGUGGUGGUGGUGGAGGAGGAGGAGGAGGAGGAGGAAUGGGAAACUUCCGCUCUGUCUCUACAUCAACCAAAUUCAUCAACGGAAAGAGGAUCACCACCAAACGUAUUGUAGAGAACGGUCAGGAGAGAGUGGAAGUAGAGGAGGACGGUCAGCUCAAAUCACUCACAGUCAAUGGUAUUUCUGAUGACAAUGCAUUGGAGGAAAGCCACAGACAGAAUGCCCUCACUGGCUCUGCCCCACACAACCGUUACCUUAGAAAUGUGGCCCAGAACCCUUCAGAGGAAGAGGAGGAGGAGGACAGAGGCCUGCAGAAUCUGGGACUUGCCAGAGGGAUUUUUGACACCAGGAGAAAGAAACUAUUGCUGAAGGAAUCAGACACCAAAAAGAAGCGGAUGCCAAGAAUGGCUCCUCGGAUUGGGGUGUGGUUCUAACAAUAUUUGCAAUAUAUACAGUAUAUAUUUUUGUGUUGUCUUUACUGUUCAUUUUCUAAAAUUGUGGGAAUAUACAGUUGAGGUCAAAAGUUUACAUACACCUUGCAGAAUCUGCAAAAUGUUAAUUAUUUUACCAAAAUAAGAGGGGUCAUACAAAAUGCAUGUUAUUUUUUAUUUAGUACUGACCUGAAUAAGAUAUUUCACAUAAAAUACGUUUAUAUAUAGUCCACAAGAGAAAAUAAUAGUUGAAUUUAUAAAAAUGACCCGGUUCAAAAGUCUACAUACACUUGAUUGUUACCACUUGAAUGAACCACAGCUGUUUUUUUUUGUUUUGUUUAGUGAUAGUUGUUCAUGAGUCCCUUGUUGUCCUGAACAGUUAAACUGCCUGCUGUUUUUCAGAAAAAUCCUUCAGUUCCUGCGAAUUCUUUGGUUUUUCAUCAUUUUUUUUUUUUUUUUGUGUGUAUUUGAACCCUUUCCAGUAAUGAUUGUAUUAUUUUGAGAUCCAUCUUUUCACACUGAGGACAAUUGAGGGACUCAUAUGCAACUAUAACAGAAGGUUCAAACACUCACUGAUGCUCCAGAAGGAAAAACAAUACAUUAAGAGCUGAGGGUGAAAACAUUUGAACAGAAUGAAGAUUUUUUUUUUUUUUUUUUCCUAAAUAUCAUAUUUUGUUUCAUUUAGUACUGCCCUUCAAAAGCCACAGAAGAUACUUACAUGUUUCCCAUAAGACAAAAUAAGUUACAUUUACCCUAAUCUUCAAAAUCAAAAAGUUCAGCAGCUUAUAAUGCAUUGUGUUUCAUUCAGGUAACAACACAGUACUAACAAUCAAGCAUAUGUAAACUUUCAGACAGGGUAAUUUAUAUAAAUUCAACUAUUAUUUUCUCUUGUGGACUAUAUGUGAACAUUUUUUAUGUGAAAUAUCUUAUUCAUGUCAGUACUAAAUAAAAAAUAACAUGCAUUUUGUAUGAUCCCUCUUAUUUUGGUAAAAUAAUUCACAUUUUGCAGAUUCUGCAAGGUGUAUGUAAACUUUUGACCUCAACUGUAUAAAGACGUGCCUCUUAGAUACUGUCACAUAUGCUAAAAAUUUUCUUUUUAAAUAGCAUACAUACAAAAUGUAUUUCUCAGUGUUCUGCUUUGACAUGUUGCAUUCACUGUUGUCAAAGUCAGUAUGACUCACUAAAACAUUGCAACUAUUUUCUCCAUUCUGUUUUUUUUUUACUGUCUUUUGUAUACAGGAUACAGUUAAAAACAAAUUACAUUUAACCAACCCUAUGAUUUAAUCACCUGGUGAUCCAUUACCAUGCAUGUAAUGCAAAUGGUCUUUCAUUAUCCUGAUUUACUUUAUUCAUGGUUUUUAAGCAUAUUGUAGGACAUUUCCCUGCAUUGCGUAAGUGAGAAUCACUUAUAGGAUAAUUAAACCCAACUGACAUAAAUUCAUUCAUGUUUCAAAACACUAAACAGAUCUCUGUUCAGGUUGCUCGCACAUCUGUUAACACUUCGAUAUAUUUCUGAUGAAGAAAACAAUUCAUUAUAAACAUAAAAGUGAGGCACUUUAAAGUUUGUGUGUUUGGUGUACAUUUGGUGUUUUUUACAUUUUGUAUUAAAUGAUGGCGCACAAACUCAGGAUUGACAUGAUUUGUAAAAGAUGCUUAAAAGCAUAACUAUGAAAGUGACAAAUAGCAGACAGGUUGAUGCAGGAACAGAUAACAGGUCUACAGGACUAGUGCACCGAGAAAGGAAAAAGAGAAAGACAAGGGAAAAAAAGAUUUUUUAAUUAUUCAUUCACCAAUGCGAAAGAACACGUUUUCACCAGUCUGCCUUUUGAUCCAGUCUUAAGCACUGUAUCAAUAUUUCAGAGAAAACUCCAGAUGUGGUAUGUCCUUUCAGAACUGGGAGCAUGGCUUUAAUUUUACCCCGGCUACUACACGUAUGUGUUUCGUUUGAUUUUUUAAUAUGAAGCAGAGACCCAAAUCUGUGGAAAAUCACAGUUCCUAUAUUAAAAAGAGAAAUAAAAAAACACAUUUUCAGUAAUACACAUUAAAAAGUUUCUACUCUGAUGUGUUAUAGUCAUUUUUUGCUGAUGCUUUAUGAAUAUGUAUUAUUUGUUGAUACAAAUUUAUGCUGUUAAUUGGUAGUGGUGUGAACUGAGGCAGUUUUAAUCAAGUGCUGUUAUUUUCAAAGCCAUGAAUGUCUGUUCAUGCUGUACAGCAAUAACUAAUAAAUUGUGUUUUUGGGGAAAAACACUCAACACAAAACAUUUCAACCAUACUAGAAAACGGCUUGUUAUUUACUUACAGCUGUGAAGGUUUUUCUUUGUAAUAUUGACAAAAAGGUUUCUGAAGCAUGUAUGUCUAGUUAUUUCUGCCUUUCUUUUUUUUUUUUAACAUACACCAAUAAAGCCUAAAUGUUGCACA